CGAAACAUUAGAAAUGGAGACAACAUAUAUUACUGAUGAAACCAUUAAAUAUGUACAAGUUCUUGCCAAGUGCGAUAUUUCGAAGGAAGAUUUGACGGAUGUGGUCGAAUAUUUUCGUGAUAUUGUUAUACAAUUUGAUUUAAUAUUUGCUGACGCCCCACGCAAAUUUUCGAACAAUGCCAAAUUAGCUGGCGGCAAACUUUUUGAAAAAUUUAUUAAACUGGUGGGAGAACAUGAAGUUUUGGACGACAUUGAAUAUUAUCUAGAAGAAGGAGAAAAGGUGGUUAUGCACGAAAAUAUCCCGAAUACGAGUGGGAAUAUACCCGAUGAUUUAGAAGACUAG